AUGAACAUCUUCAGUCGUCUCUUGCCUAACUGGUCGCGUUCUGCGACGGAUCCUGAACUGGUCGACGCUGCGAGUUACGUCGAUACUAUUAAACAUUAUUUGAGGACAGUACUCGUAUCAUCCGGGAAGACAUCUAACCCUCGAGCUGCUCGUGCUGCUGCUACACCUUAUGUCCCUCCCGGCAAGCGGAUGUACGGCGCAAACGCUCAGGCUGGGAGCUCCAAGCAUCGCACCAGCCUACGCGAGGAGCGUUCCCGCUCCUUUAUCUUUGAGCAAAAGAAAUUACACAAGUCCGGAAGCCAGCGCUUGCUGGGCGGAGGAUCACGCGGCCGUUUAGUACCAACUCCUGAGCCGACCGAUAUUGACUUGGACGACACAUCUGAUGAAGACGAUGGGGAGCAAACAGUUCUUGAAACCAUGUCUGUGCCCCUGAAAACUUUCGCAAUCGAGCUCAAGAGGGCCCGCAAGAAGGCGGCAGAAGCAGAGAUGCUAGCACAGAUACGCUUGAAGAAGGAUAGGAAGAGGAAGCUGAUCUUGGCUAGCCGACAGGCCGUCUUGGUACGCCGUAAGGCAGAGACAUCAAGGAUCAUCAAGCAGGCAGAAAGACAGGCUCGCAUGGUGAGGGAGAAGGAGCUCAAGGAGAUGAACGACAGGUUGAGGGCGGAGGAGGAGCAGCUGAAGGCGGAGAGGGAGAGGUAUGAAAGAGAGGAGAUGGCAAGGCUCAGGCAUGACGCCGAACAGGACCUUGCUAGGAAAAAGGAGAUGUUCUUGGUUCAAGAAAGACAGCAGCGCGCUGCUCGAGAGUGGGAGCAGUACGUCUGCGACCUCCAAUGCUCCUCGCCCAGGACGGAUCCGAUCUCCGAGGAUGCAGCAGUCUGGGGUGCGCUUGUCGAGUACGAGAGAAAAUGGGCCUACCUCCACGAGCACCAAGAUCACAUAUCCGCGCAUAGCAUCCGCGUUCAAGAGUUUCCGUGGCCCAUCUUUCAUCACGGGUCAGUGGUCGUCAACGAAGUCGGCUUUUCCGAAGUCAACAACUUCAUCUUCCACAUUUUGCGAGUUGCGACUCAGGGCAUGGCACCCCAAGACGCUAUCAAGAUGGAGCUGGAAAGGUAUCAUCCGAAUUCAUUUAACGCGUACGUCCAGAAGGUGAAUAGCGAUGAGAUGGAGGUGGCACAGGCGAUGGGUAACAUUGUCGCACAAGUGCUCACAGCGAUGUUGGGGGAGUACUCUUGA